AAUUUUGUUUUCGAAAUAUGGUAGCGCUGGCAUUCAACAAAUCGAUAACCCUUCUAUUGCACGCGUAACUCUAAGCUGUGCAUUGCCUCUUUUUACGUAACUUUUUAGUAUAAAAUAUCCGAAAUAACGCAUAUAAUUUCCAAUCCGAAAUAAUACUGUGAAAAACCCGUUACCUGAUUAAAUCACUUUUGCAGGCAGGUGGAAAAUGGCAGCCAACAAAUUCAACAUCAUUGCAAGAUCGUUUUCAUCAUCAACAGCUGCACUGCAACUUGCUAAGCCACCAAUUCAAGUAUUUGGAAUAGAAGGACGAUAUGCAACGGCACUCUAUUCUGCUGCUACUAAGCAAAAAUCGUUGGAUGUAGUAGAAAAAGAUCUGAUAAAAUUUCAGGGUCUCCUGAAGACUGAUGCAAAAUUGAUUGAAUUUGUGAAGGAUCCAUCGAUUAAGCGUAGCAUCAAAGCUGAAGCAAUAAAAGCUAUAAGUAAUAAAAUCAACUUUAAUGCAGCUACAUCAAACUUGUUAUCUCUCCUCGCAGAGAAUGGACGUCUACAAAAAUUGAACCAAGUUAUUAAUUCAUUUAAAAUCAUUAUGGCUGCUGAAAGAGGGGAGGUUGUAUGCGAAGUUAUUACUUCAAAGCCAUUAGAUGCGGAUACCAAAGGAAAAUUAGAUCAAGUUCUGAAACAAUUCUUGACCAAAGGUCAAUCUAUCCAACUUACAACAAAAGUAGACCCAGCUAUUAUUGGUGGUAUGAUAGUUUCCAUUGGUGAUAAGUACGUGGACAUGAGUAUCUCUAGUAAGAUCAAGAAAUAUUCAGACAUAAUUACUAGCACAGUGUAAUAUCUUAUAAGUAUUUUAAACUGUUAAAUUCUAUGGUGGUAACCAAUAAAAUUAGAAAAAGUAAAGAA